CAGCCGCGGACCCGGCGGCAGAGGCGCGGGAGGGUUCAGGCCCGGAGCUAGGCGGCCCGCGCGGUCGCACCAUGGAUUCGAGCACCGAGGAAUACGAGCUCAACGGCGACCUGCGCCCGGGCUCGCCCGGCUCCCCCGAUGCCUCGCCGCCGCGAUGGGGCCGGAGGAACCAGCCCAUCAACAUGAACCAUUACGCCAACAAGAAGAGCGCAGCCGAGAGCAUGUUGGACAUUGCGCUGCUGAUGGCCAAUGCGUCCCAGCUGAAGGCCGUGGUGGAGCAGGGCCCCAGCUUUGCCUUCUUCGUGCCCCUGGUGGUCCUCAUCUCCAUCUCCCUGGCUCUGCAGAUCAGCGUGGGCGUGCUGCUCAUCUUCCUCGUCAAGUACGACCUUAACAAUCCGGCCAAGCACGCCAAGCUGGACUUCCUCAACAACCUAGCCACGGGCCUGGUGUUCAUCAUCGUGGUGGUCAACAUCUUCAUCACAGCCUUUGGGGUCCAGAAACCCGUGAUGGACGUGGCACCCCGGCAGUAGGGCAGCCAGAACCCUGAAUGGCAACUGCCCCACAGCCUGGCUGCCCAGAGCCCAGGAGCCACCGUGCCCUGAGAUGUCCACCACUGUGUGGAGCACUCCCCAGACCUGCCAGAGCCCAGGCUGCUCUCGACUGGUCUGUGUCCUGGGACGAGCCUCUGUUCUGACUGUGACUGCCCCAUAGAAGGCUACUCCUGUCAUGUGGGGCCUGGAUGUAAGGCCCAGAAGGUCAGAACUGGACAGUCCCACAGACAUGCAGCAGGUCCGUGGAUGGGCCGGAUGGAGGGGCCAGCAGUGGCCUCUAUCUCAGGACAUUCGCGAAAGACAAGGCGAUUCCCCUCCCUUUGCUGAUGCACCAGCAGACCUAUUUCCCAUGGGGCCUUCCCAGGUGGCUCUGGUGACUGCUGCCUCCUCCAUUUCCUAACUGGGGACACUGGAUAGCCAGCACCACCUGUUGGCCUUAGUGGUGGCCACUGCUCUGGCCUCAGUGCCUGGGCUUAGUAGCCAUCAAAAGGCAGCUGUGCCUGUGUGGGCCAUCACCCUGCCCGUGCCCUCCAACCAGCAGUGGCCCUGCAAAGCCCAGCCCCUCCUUGGGGGUCCAAACCCCACUUUUCUAAUCAGGAAUGAUUAAUAAAGCUUGUGCUUCUCCC